AUGCUUGUGUUGCCCAGAGGCAAGGAGAACAAUCUGAUUGGUAGAAUUACAGUAUACCAGACACAGGAUCUGGACCUCAACCUCAGCAGAGGUGCAUCAAGAGAUGGAACAGGAGCCAUCUUCCGGAAGAACCAACGCCCUGUUGAGAAGUGUGAAGAGGCUGCUCAGGGGACUCUUCGCAAGAAAGACACGCUCCCACCACGUCCCAAAGUCGCUGAAGAAGACACCACAAAGCGCUACCUCAAAGGCUCUGGCCCAGGCGGUCAAAAGAUCAACAAGACCUCUUCCGCCGUACAACUCACGCACCUUCCUACAGGGAUCGUGGUCAAGAGCCAGGCGACGAGAUCAAGGAUACAGAAUGAGAGUAUUGCGCGCCGACUGCUAGCGGAGAAAGUUGAGGUGUUGGAGAAAGGAAGUGAGAGUCGUGUUGAGAAGAAGAGGGAGAAGGUCAGUAAGAAGAGGAGGAGUGCUGAGAAGAAGAAGAGGAGAAAGUAUAGGAAACUGGAGGAGGGGAAGGGACAGUCAGGACAGGGAGAUAAGGAGGAAGGCGAAGAGGAUGAGGAUUUUGAGGAUGAUGAGGGAUGUGAUGAUGCGGUCAUCGUCGAUGCUGGGGACAAGACUGUUCAGGCGAAGUCUGAAAGCUGA